GUUAACACUGUAACCUAUAUAAGUUUAUGAAAAAGUUUCUGUGCUUUCACAUUUGGAAAUUUCCUGCAUAAAUAUAUCUUUGGUAUGUUAUACUGAUUCUUUAGUACGCUAGUGAUGCUUGAAAAAUUCAAUUAGUAAUACAACAAGAAGACAUUGAACUCUUCUUAAUAAAUGACGUGCGUGAGACUUUCCAGCUUCAUGAUUUAUGUUCUUUCUGGAUUUUCCUUUAGUUAUCAGUGAUUUGGUGCUUUUAUAUAACUACUGAUUUGUUAAUCCAGUUUACAUCUUAUGAACAUACUAAAAUUAGAUAUUGUGUUUUGUAGAAUUUUGCAAAUCAAUGGCACCAGGAGGAUGUAUCUUCAAACAAACUACACUUACAGGGGAAACUAUUCAAGCUACUCAAUCCCCGGAUGAAUCAAAUAACCUUACUCCCGCUGUUAAUACAGAUGAUUCCCCUAGGAUCAGGAAUGGUCGUGGCAAGACUAGAGGGAAAGGUCUUGAAAGGAUGAGGAAGACUAUGGGAAGCAAGAUGAAAAUUGAGAUCCCAGUUGGUAAAGGGAGGCCAACUAAGCCAACUCAAUCGGCAAAAUUAUCCAAUGAACUAGGGAUAAUUGCUAGAAAUUUUCUUUCGCUUCCAAACAAGUGGAAGGAACUCACAAGAGAGGACAAAGAUGCAGCACUCAUUAGAUGCCACAUAAGGAUUCUAUACUCUUGUAAUUUUAUUACAUGGUAGUGAUUAUAGUGAAUU